CACAACAGCAAUAUACAAAACCCGGGCACUUUGUGAGGAACUGCACUUGAGAGGUCACUGGAAUGUUAAGAAUAUCUGGAUAGAGGCAAAUGCGUUUAGUGAUGGAAAUAAUUAUAAACAACAAGCUGCCAGCAUUAUUAUGUGCCUGGUCCUCGCUUAUUUUGACUUUCCCAAUGGCCCUCGCAGAAAACAACAUAAAGGAAUCUAGCUCUAAUAGCACUGUAACAGUGGUAUUGCUCACACUUUUGCUCUGUGUGCUCUGUGUGUUACUCAUUCUGGCAUGGAAAAAGCUAAUCCACAUAGAUGGAGGAGAAGAUUAUCAUCCACAGGUGUUGUGGGGGAAAACACAGACACUGGUGCAGCAGACUGUGAACCGCUUGACCCAGAGAGAGGAGGAAGAGAGAAGUAUAGCUGAAGAGGAGAGAAAUUCAAGAGAUGAGGAAAUGCCAGAGAUGCACGAGUUGGACCCUCAUAUCACUGCACUAUAAGCUGAAUAGUGCAAGUCAGAGGAAGGUCCUGUUACAUCAGCUUUUCUAACAUUUCUAUAACCAUUACCCAAAGCCGUCUGCAAUGUUUUCUGUUCAUCUUGCAUGUAAACAUAACAUUUGUUUCUUUCAGAACCAAAAAUAAAAAAUACAUUUUUUACUGACCGCUGUUCCUAAUGGAAUGGCAAAUAAUACUGCCUAA